AAAACCCUCCUCUCUUUUCGUUUUUGUUUUCACUUCUUUUUCAGCUGCCUCCCUCACCCGCCAUUGAAGCUCAGCUGCCAAAGCUUUAUACACUUUAAUGGCCCCGUCUGUGGUUACUAAGAGAAAGGGCGCGAAAGCACAGAAGGCCUCGCCCAAAAAGAAGCAGAAGAAAGAGUCUUUUACUGCUAAAACCCCAAAGCAAGCUGACCUUUACGACCAUUCUGACAGCCCGGAUGAACAAGAGGUAGAGGAACAUGUAGUGUUUGAUGAAGAUGAUGAGGAAGGAUCUGGUUCUGGUUCUGACAUUCUUUUCGGUGAUGAUCCCCUUGCUGGUGAUGAUGAUUCUCUCCAAGCAAGUGAUGAUGAAGAGAAAAGUUCAGGGUCCAAUUCCGGUUCUGAUUUGGAUUCCGACUCGGAUGAUUCUGAUAUUGAGGCAAAAUCAAGAGCUAUUGAUGAAGAGAGGGCAAGGGAAGAAGAAGAAGCUGGAGCUGAAAUGCAGCUAAACAUUAAGGAAGAAUCCGAUGAGUUCAGAUUACCAACCAAAGAGGAACUAGAAGAAGAGGCACAUCGCCCUCCUGAUCUUCCAAAUCUCCAGAGGAGAAUAAAAGAGGUUGUUCGAGUGCUCUCAAACUUCAAGGCUUUGAGGCAAGAUGGGGCACCAAGGAAGGAUUAUGUUGAGCAGCUUAAGAGGGAUAUAAUUUCAUACUAUGGCUACAAUAACUUUUUAAUCGGGGCAUUAGUAGAGAUGUUUCCAGUUGUUGAACUUGUGGAACUUAUAGAAGCUUUUGAAAAGCCUAGACCAAUAUGUCUCCGAACUAAUACGCUAAAGACACGAAGGAGGGAUUUGGCAGAUGUUUUAAUAAACAGAGGAGUAAACCUAGAUCCCUUAAGCAAGUGGUCGAAAGUUGGACUGGUUGUGUAUGAAUCGCAAGUGCCAGUUGGUGCCACUCCUGAAUAUAUGGCUGGUUAUUACAUGCUCCAAAGUGCAAGCUCCUUUUUGCCUGUCAUGGCCCUUGCUCCUCAAGAAAAGGAACGAAUUGUUGAUAUGGCGGCUGCCCCUGGUGGUAAAACAACCUAUAUUGCCGCUCUUAUGAAAAAUAGCGGAAUAAUUUUUGCAAAUGAAAUGAAGGAGCCAAGGCUUAAGUCACUCACUGCUAAUUUGCACCGUAUGGGGGUGACAAACACAGUAGUUAGUAACUAUGAUGGCAAGGAGCUCCCUAAGGUUCUGGGUGUUAACGCAGUUGACAGAGUUCUGUUAGAUGCUCCUUGCAGUGGGACUGGGGUUAUAUCUAAAGAUGAAUCUGUUAAAACGUCUAAAAGCUCUGAUGAAAUACAUAAAUGUGCUCAUCUUCAGAAGCAACUGAUACUUGCAGCAAUUGACAUGGUGGAUGCCAACUCGAAAUCUGGGGGAUAUAUUGUGUACUCCACGUGCUCCAUUAUGGUUGCGGAGAAUGAAGCAGUUAUUGACUAUGCACUCAAGAAGAGAAAUGUUAAACUUGUGCCAUGUGGACUUGACUUUGGGUGUCCAGGGUUUGUUCGGUUUAGGGAACAGAGGUUUCAUCCAUCAUUAGAAAAGACGAGGCGAUUUUACCCUCAUGUUCACAAUAUGGAUGGUUUUUUUGUGGCAAAGCUGAAAAAGAUGAGCAAUUUAAAGCCAACUACAGCACAUUCUGAACUGGAUGAAACUGUAGAGCGAGGCCAUAGCAUGACUGAAGACAGCAUUGAAGAGAAUGAUGAGAAAGAUGAUCAAGAGCAUUUGACAGAAGAUGACACUAAAAUUAAAAAUAAGGUUUUGAAAGAAGGCGUUGCUGAAAGUGGGAAGUUAAAAUCGCCAGGUAUUACGGACCAAAAGAAGGAAUCUAGUGGGAAAAGGAGGAAGGAAAAGAAUUUCCCUUCCUUUUUCUCUCAUCUGAAAGGAAAAACUCCCUUGGAACAAAAACAAGAAAACAAAGCAAAAUUCCCUAAAUUGAAGUUUCCCCCCAGGGAGGAGAUAGCAAAAGCCAGGGAAGAGAAGAGGCGAGCUGUAAGGGAAAAGAAAUCUGCCAGCAAUAACGUCGGUAAAGGAGAAUGACCAACGGGCAGCAGAUCAAGUCUGGUUGUUUAACUGUGGCCAAGUUCUAGCAUUCCCCUUAGCAAAAUAGAUUGUACCAGUUUUUCUGGGUGUGUUUGGACAUAUGGUUCUUGAGGCAAUUUGGUGAACCAUGUGAUGGAAGCUGGCAAGUAGGCGGGCUUUUGCAAACUGAGUGGGGGAUUUGUCAUGGCAAUGUUGUUUUCUUUGUAGCAGUAAAUCAACUGAUACAAGUGGCCUCUGUGCUCUGUCUAAGUCCCUAAAGUUUUGUUUUAUUCCUUUUCGUUGAGAACCGAAAAAUGAUUUCAUUUUUAUAAUUGUUACUAACACAAUGUGCCUAUGACUUCCAUAUCUUAGUAAUUAUAAACGAAAGCUGAGGGAA